CGGUGCUGCGUGCGGGAACAGCCGAGCGCCCGGGGGGGGGGCCCGAGCCGGAGCAAUGGUAAACUCCAGCCUCGUAAAUGUGUGAGCUGGCAGUAAACCUAGCAAACGCAGAGUCCAGUGGAACUACUGAUGCCUGGAAAGUUGAAUGCAAGUGUUCUCGACGUGGGCAACAAGAAGGAGCACUGUAAAAAUAGUGUCUGUCCCACAAGAAGUCAGAGAAAAACAAACUGGGAAGUUCCUAAAGGGCAGGGGGUUGUGGAGGUCAAACACAGACGUCCUAAAUGCAUCAAAGGUCCAGAGCACUCUGCGCAAGUAAGUCCUGAGUCCUGGGCUCAUCCCCCUUAGGGAUCUUCCUUACGCGGAGCCGGAAGGUUUUGGCUUGUUGAGCCACAGAGGUGUCAGAGCUGGGUGCUGGCACUGUGCAGCGGUAGGGUCCAAAGUAACCCUUUCCUUUCACACAUGUUGUAGGAAUGACUAGAUUUUUUAAUUAUUUUUUUUUUCCUCUAGCUCAUGCUUCUAGAAGUGUCUUUGUGACAGUGAACUAAGCAUCACUUGGUUCCUGACUUCCAAGACUCGAGUGUUGCUCAUAAUAACUGCACACUUAGAAAGAGCUGCAAGUUUAAAAUAAUCUUACAAAGUGAGAUGUGUUUUUGGAGAGAGAAGUUAAUAAACAGCGUAGCCUGAUGAGGUUUAGGGCUUGCUGUUGAGCUUUACUUUCAGGGGCUUGUUUUACUGAUGGCUGUCUGUAUGUAGUGCAUCACUGAGGAAAGAGCGGGACAUUUCUCUUGAAUUCUUCAUUCAAGAAAGACCCUCUUUUAGAGCUUUCCAACUAUUUCAGAGAAUUGCAAUUGAAGGAAAUUAAAAACAUCAUUUACGGGCUUCAGUGCUGUUGGAGUCACUGUUGCACUGUAUGGCACAGCACACAGUUGCACAGACAGGCAUUUGUAGUCACUGAAUGAAUGUUGUACAAGAGUUAGUAGAUUGACUUUAAAGUCAGUCUUUCAUAGGACUGGGUACCAGCGUAACCCUAUUGUGGAGAAAAAUGCUGUAGUUCACUGCCAUAAACAUGGUAUGUCGAAUGUAGUUUGGAAUAAAUAGAGACACUGUUGUCUGGUAGGCUGACUGCAGGACUAGGAGCUUUUGAGUUCUGCUCCUUUUAUGACCUUGACCAAGUCACUGGAGUCCCCAAGGUUUGUUUUAUUCUCUCCUGGCAGAGAGCGGGGAUAGUUCCCCCACGCUUAGCCCCAAGUGCUGGGGUCAGAGAGGGUCUUGGAGAUUAAAGUACUUUGAAAAUCAAAGUGAUGUUGUGCAAAAAAUGUGAACUGCUUAGCUGUUGCUUUUAUAGGUUCUGCUCGUGAAACGGGAUCCACAUGGGCAAGUCUUUGUGUCUGUACAAGGUGCUGUUGAGGUAAGUGGGAUUUUGCAGGAGCUCUGGGGCCUUGUAAGGUCUGGUCUGCCAGCAGUCUGAGACUGUUGCCUUCCCUUGAUGUUUGAGGCAUGGAACUGAAAACUGAUAGAUACUUUUGCCUGUUUUUUUAUCGGGUUGGGCCUAGUUCUGUGUGUCUGCUAGCCAGCCAGCCAGACCUUAGUUGUACUGGGUUUUUAUGUCUGUGCCUCACUGUCUUUUGUUUCUUCAUUUGUUUUCCAUUUCUUGCUCCCACCUUUUAAAGCAGCUUUCAGCAAAUACUUGUUCCCAUGUAUAAAGAUGUCCUUAGUGGACCUAGGGAAGAGGUUGCUAGAAGCAGCUCGCAAAGGCGAAGAUGACGAAGUGCGAACGUUGAUGGCAAAUGGUGCUCCUUUCACCACUGACUGGCUUGGGACGUCACCUCUUCACCUUGCUGCCCAGUACGGCCACUAUUCAACAGCAGAGGUGCUACUUCGAGCUGGUGUUAGCAGAGAUGCCCGAACAAAAGUGGACCGGACUCCACUACACAUGGCUGCAGCUGAUGGACACACUCAUAUUGUAGAAUUGUUAAUUAGGAAUGGAGCUGAUGUAAAUGCCAAGGACAUGCUGAAAAUGACUGCUUUACACUGGGCAACAGAGCAUAACCACCGAGACGUUGUAGAGUUGCUCAUCAAAUAUGGAGCCGAUGUCCACGCUUUCAGCAAGUUUGAUAAGUCAGCUUUUGAUAUUGCUUUGGACAAGAACAAUCCAGAGACUCUGGUAAUACUACAGGAAGCAAUGCAGAACCAGGUGAACACACAUCCAGAGAGAGCACAUCCUGUCACAAACACCGUGACUGUCACCUCACCGUUUAUUCUUGCACCAGGGGAAGUUCUCAAUCUUGCUAGUCUUGUCUCGUCAGCAAAUGCCAAAACAACCGCAGCAGGUGACUCACAUGUGUCUACUGUGCAGUUUUCCAAUUCAACAACCUCUGUGCUUGCCACACUUGCAGCCCUCGCUGAAGCAUCAGCACCUCUUUCCAACUCAAACAGAGCUACAGGUAAUACAGAGGAAAUAGUGGAAGCAAAUUCUGUCGAUUCUGCCAUACAGCAAGUGGUCGGUAGCGGAGGGCAGCGCGUCAUCACCAUUGUAACCGACGGAGUUCCCCUGGGCACCCUGCAUACAGCCGUCCCCACCAGCAGCCUCAGCCAGCCGUUCAUUGUCACCAUGGAAGAUGGACAGCAAGUUUUAACCGUACCUGCUGGUCAGGUUGCAGAAGAGACUAUUAUUGAAGAUGGAGAUGACGCAGAAGAGGAGGAAGAGCCACUGGCCAAGAAGCAAAAAGUGGAACAAAAUGUAAAUGACUUGGAGGAAAGCAAGGACAGCGAUGAAAGGGAAGUGCUACAGCAGCAGCUGCAAGAGGCGAACCGGAAAGCUCAGGAAUAUCGCAGCCAGCUCAUAAAGAAAGAGCAGGAAGCGGAGCAGUAUCGGCUGAAGCUAGCAGCCAUGGUGAGGCAGCAGCCCAACGGAGCUGAGGUAGCAGUGCUCGAAGAGGUCGCCGAGGUAGACACAGUUGUGGUAACCUCGGAAGACAUCGAGGGGUCUGCAUUGCCCAUGAUGGAAAUGGAUCAGCCAACUGAUAUCACUGUGGAAACUGUAACCUCCUAAUCCUGGGUUAUUGACUUGCUUUUGUAAAGGAAAAUAACACUUUUUUUUUUUUAAUAAGGUGCUGUUGGCAAACAGCGUUGAGAGCAGAGGGCUGUUGUCAGAGCCACUGCACAACUGGAAAAUGAUGCGAUGGGGCUGCCUGAAUGGUCCCAUCACCAGGGAUAGAAGCUUCUACAGCAGCUCACAACAUAACUCUGCUUUCAGCACAGUGCCAAAAGGUGCUUUUAAAGCUUGACCUUGAAAGAUUGAAAGCUUUUACAAAUUUUAGCCAGCAAGUGACCUGAAGGCUUAUUUUGUGAUGUUAAUACCUGCAUUGUUGGGAGUGGAAAAGAAAUACCUCAUUGCCAAAGUAGCUGGUAUUAGCUCUCAGCUGCCAGGCAGUUGCAGCUUUGAAAACAGACUUUAUGCAAUAACCCGAGGUGUUCACUCCCUUCUCUGAAGUUGAGUGACCAGAUCUGGACCUUCAGAUAAAAACAAUUUCUUGGAGUGAUACAUUUUUAUUUACAAUCUUCUGAGGUGCAGGAGGGGAUUUCCCCACUUUAGCUAGGAAAUGAAUUGGCAUUGAACAAUUAUAUGUUUUGUUCCAAAAGUCUGCAUUUAGUUCACAGAGGCAAUCUUCAAUGCAAGAGCAAAGGCCAGGCUGACCGUGUGUCAGUUGGAGCGUUUCAAGAUAGCAGGGAAUGUUACAUUUUGCCUUCUUUGGACUGUGGAAAAGUUCGGCGGAGCUCUACAUCAGAACCUUCAACCACCCAAAGGGAUCACAGAAAAAUCCUCCUCAAUUUUAUGAAAUUUAGUCAACUGUUCUAUUUGACACUUCUGUGCUGAAGAGUAGCGCUGACUGAUUAUAGAUGCAAAACUAUACAUUCAGCUCUUGCUGUAAGACAGCUUGUGAGCCAGUUUGUCUCUGAAGAUACAUAUGUCACUUUUUUACUAAACAGUUUUUAUUUUUAAAGAUGCUAAAACCUUUUUUAACAAGCAGCUGAUCUUGUUACUGAAAUGUUUGUAUUUUUUUACUCUGCAAGCCUGUUUAUUAAAGAGGAUAGCUAAAUGCUUUCCUCUUUGCAGGCUUGUAGAUUAUGUGUUUCAAGACAGUGGAAAUCGAUUGGAAGGGCCCUGAAUGAUCGCAUAGCAAUUGAUAAUGAAAGCUUUUUCUCCCUCGGCAGUCACAAGCAAAAGAAGUGAAGUUUAGAAAAAUACCAUAUGCAUGCUGUUCUCUUGGCUGCGGAAGGUUGUAGAGGCUAGGAGCGACUUCCAGCUCCAAGGCCCUAGCAGCUGGCCUGCUUUCUGAAAAUGCCUUCUUGCAAGAUAAAAAUUCAUAGCUGUCUCGGCCCACAGUUUAUUGGUUUGUGUGUUUGUUUUUUCGUAAUUUCCAUGUCCUACUUUUGUAACAAUUGGCAGUAUUUGAGGUAAUCAUUCAAUUUCAUGGUCCUUGCAUUGCUUUUUUCCCCCCGUUACUUCCAAGCGUGUCCAGAUAACUGUUUUCUGUUGGUUCAGAUACUGCCAAUGUUCACAUUUCUUUGCUGAUAGAUCAACCCAUAUCGGGAUGUUUGAGAUGUAACAGAAACUUAAGAGUUCAUAAAGGCAUGAACUUAUGGUCACGGGCUGCAUUUGUUACCAUAAAAAAAAAACUGCUUUUCAUCCUAAAAUCACUCUCCAGGGCAGUGUGCUCCUGCCACAGAGCACUUGGCUCUCGUUGAUGGCGGUGCCUCGGGGGGUCAGCUUGUGGCUGAAGUGUCAUGGCCUUGUUUGCGCUGGACCCCAUGCAGGCAACAAAUGGUUUGUGAAGCUUUGCCGUGCUUUAACAGCUGGCGUUCACCCCGUCCCACGCAGAAACUCUUGUGUUGAGGCACUAGAGAAGAGCUUCAUUCCUGGAGUGCUCGUGUCCAGCACCCUGCGAUUUAUUCGAGCUUUGGCCUCAAAGGGAGGUCAGGUCUGCCAAAAUCAUGUAUCCGGCAACGUUUGGCAGUGUUUAACCACUCGGGUUCAGUGACAGGUUUUGGGAGAGAAAGGUUUAUGAUACUAUUAUUAUAAAGGCUUCAUGAGACUUGCUGGGUUUUGAGAAUCUAAGUGCAUUUAUUUAUAACCAGUGUAGCUAUAUUUAUAACUAAGACUUUUUUAUCUUUUUCCAAAAGAUGUUUUGAAGAAGGCUUUAAUAAUUAUUUUUUAUGAAUGAAUGUUUGGAGAGACUUGGUUCCUGGCUGUUGACUUACACUCUGUGAAGUCAGUAUUUCCUUGCUGACUUCAAGCUUGUAUUAAGUUAUUUUCUUUUGUUCCCCAGAAUGUCCAAAAUUUGGGUCCAUUUGAUGAACUGAAAAGUCUGUGUUGGAGGGUUCAAGACGGUAUCAAAGUAAAUCCAGACAGAUUCUUCUAAUAUGUUGUUCCCAGAAACAUUACUGGAUGUAAAGGGACACUGUCAACUUUGGCUUCUCCGUUUUGCCUGAAGUUAGUCUAAUUAUUUGUAAAUUUGAAGAGCUGUACAGCUGAAGGCAGCUGUAGUACAAAUGCUGUGUUGUGCCUUUGAUAGCACUUUGAUUCUCAUGUAUUUCCAUGCUUCCCCUGAAAAGGGCCAGUUUUGCCAAAAAGUCCCUUCAGCUGGGAAACAAACUUCCCCUUCAGAAGAAAAGAAAAAAAGUCUGUGGCAUUCAUGGUAAUUGGAUUUCAUUUAUAGAAUUGGAACAAAUAAAGCUGACAGUGUUCUUAAUGCUUCGCCUUGUGGGGGGAAAUCGCACGUUAAUUUUAUUUUUAGAAGUCCUCACACACGGGGCCUGAACAAAGACCGAGGAGUAUUUGAUCUAUGCCCAGCAUUUAGAAAGAAUUUAAACUCGUCUGUAUCCUCUGCUGUUCCACAGAAAGGAUUUGAGAUUUUUAGGCAGAGAACAGCAGUUUUCUUGUCAGAUGUGGCCGUGUGGGUCUGUUGUUACUGGCGAGAUUAAGUGGCAGCUUCUGAGCGGGUAAAUAACCUCUCCUCUUGCACCCUCCCACUGAAGUCAGGGCUGGACUUCGCCGUGUCAGGGCUUUUGUCACCCACGCCAUCUGAGUCCAGGCACUUCCCAGCAGGCCGUGGAUGGGCGAGCACAGGAGUCGAUGAGGUUAAAGGCUAAGCAAGCCCCUUGCUCUUUAAGACUGUGCUAUCAGUGUGGAGCACCAAGAUCCUGCUGCCCCCGCUUCCAGCCCAACUUCCCGUCCUCUGCAAGCUGGGGAUCGCUGUUGCGCUCAGCUGCGUGCUUGGGCAGGCAGGAGAGUCCCAGAUGAUUUCCCGGCGAUGCUGAUGCAGAAGCUGUGGUCUGAAAUGAAUUCUUUCCCCUUUCCACUUGGCUGAAAAGGUCAGUGCGAUUUCUGUCCCACUGCAACCCCGAGGGCAGUGAGGGCACAUGCAGCAGCCCAGCUCUGGCACCCUUGGGCCCCCUGCAGAGACCAGGCUCCCUGUGCUUUGUGGUUCUCCCCCCUCCCUCCCCCCAAGUCCUGAUCCAGGACUGCUCCCUGGGACACAUUUCAGUCGUCUAAGACUAGCGUGCCUUGUUUGUGCCUUGUUUCUCCUGUUUGAGGAGGUGACUUGGUGCUAAUUGAGCUGUUUUAGUUUUGAUUAGCCAUCUACUUCCCUCUUUUUGCAGUAGCCAGCUAUAAACAGUUCCCAUUAUCCAAAACGGGAAGCAGGGCGUAGCAAAUCCUGUGGGGAUGAGCAAGGGAGGAGGUCACAGAAACGUGAGCUAAAUCUUCUGCAGCUGACUAUGCAGGGAUUUGUUUAGGCUGAAUAAACGAACCCCAGGAUCGAGGGAGGCUGCGUGUGGAGACAUCCUCCAGGGCUUUCAGCUGGGGUGCCCCAUCCCUGCUGGCGGGAGCCCCUGACCCUGCUGCCUGCCUGUGGCUUGGUGCUCACCAGCUCUGCCCAAUCUCUAUUUCUUUACUCUCACAUUCAGCAGACAGUUCCCCUGCCCCCCCACCCCCGUGCCAGGUGCAGCGCCCAGGUGUGUAUUUAUUGCAAGUUUUGUUUGCUGCUUCCCUGCUGCGGGUCCCUUAAGAACCCCGUUAGCAGACAAGGAACAAAGUGCCCUGCAGUGCCCCGCAUUCCCGAUAGCUUAAUGUACAGGCUCCUGGUGUGAAAGCUCCAGCUUUUCCAUUUGUGUUUAGGGUAAAUGAUUGGAAAUGCGGAAAUUUAAACAUUUAUACAUUUUUGUACCGUUUCGUAAUAAAAUACCACAUCCUCAGUGAGC